AUGCAGGGGAGUGUAACGGAAGAUGAGCUUUUACAUGAUGCAGAUAUCGGAACCGCGCUGGAGCACGAUAGCACAAGCAACUAUUUUCGAGAUGAUCAGGAAUUUGGGCCUCUAAAAAUGUCGACAACGAAGAGGCUCUUGGGAGUUACAAGCUCUUCCUAUUACUCCACCACGUCCACUAAAACGACGGCCACAACACUGACCACAACUACAAAACCCAAAACUAGCACGGCGUCAAAAAUGUCGACAAGCUCUUCGGGAGUUACAAGCUCUGCCUAUGAUGCCAAGACGUCUGCUAAAACGACCGAAAAGAUUACGACAACGACAAAACCGACAACGGUUCUAUACCGUCCCCGUUACCGGUAUAGAACCCCGACAACUACAAAACCAAAAACGACCACUAAAGCAUGCGCCGCGAGGUGGGCAGCAUGGGGAAGCUGGACCACGUGUACGAAAACCUGUGGAAUGUGCGGAACCAAGAAUCGGAAGCGAGCCUGCAACGAGGCGAGCGCUGGUUGUAACUGCGUCGGAAACGUUCAAGAAACUGAGAAGUGCCCUCCCAAACAGUGCCCCUUUCCGGCGACCACAUGUUGCUCAGGCUAUGAGACAAUUAAAGUUAAAAAUCGCUAUGUUUGCGGA